CUGCGCGCCUCGCGGCGCCGGGCCCGGCUCCCCGCGCGCGGCGGCCCUGCCACCGAGCCCGCGUCCCCGCGCGCGGGAGCUCGAGAGCGCCGGGCGGCGGCGGGCUGCAUGCGCGGACUCGGCGGCCCGCGGCGGCUGUGGACUCCGGGCAGCGGCUCGCGCAGCGGACGAGCCCUAACGCGCCGGCCAUGGCCUCCAACUUUAACGACAUAGUCAAGCAGGGCUACGUGAAAAUACGCAGCAGGAAGCUGGGGAUUUUUAGGCGAUGCUGGUUGGUUUUCAAGAAGGCAUCCAGCAAAGGACCCAGAAGGUUAGAAAAAUUUCCAGAUGAGAAGGCAGCUUAUUUCAGAAACUUUCAUAAGGUAACUGAGCUGCAUAACAUCAAAAAUAUAACCAGAUUGCCUCGAGAGACAAAGAAGCAUGCUGUGGCAAUUAUCUUUCAUGAUGAGACGUCGAAGACGUUUGCCUGUGACUCAGAGCUGGAGGCAGAGGAGUGGUGCAAGCAUCUGUGCAUGGAGUGUCUGGGAACGAGACUGAACGACAUCAGCCUCGGGGAGCCUGACCUGCUGGCAGCCGGAGUGCAGCGGGAGCAGAAUGAACGAUUCAAUGUGUAUCUGAUGCCAACGCCAAAUCUGGAUAUUUAUGGUGAAUGCACCAUGCAGAUCACGCAUGAGAAUAUCUAUCUCUGGGAUAUCCACAAUGCCAAGGUCAAACUGGUGAUGUGGCCGCUCAGCUCCCUGAGGAGGUACGGCCGAGACUCGACGUGGUUCACCUUUGAGUCAGGAAGAAUGUGUGACACAGGAGAAGGACUGUUCACUUUUCAAACAAGGGAAGGAGAAAUGAUCUAUCAGAAGGUGCAUUCUGCGACACUGGCCAUAGCUGAGCAGCAUGAAAGAUUAAUGCUAGAAAUGGAGCAGAAGGCCCGGCUUCAGACAAGCUUGACUGAGCCCGUGACGUUAUCCAAAUCGAUCUCGCUGCCUCGCAGUGCGUACUGGCAUCACAUCACUCGUCAAAACAGCGUUGGGGAAAUCUACAGUUUGCAAGGCCACGGGUUUGGUCCUACAAAGAUGUCCCGGGCACAGACGUUUCCCAGCUACUGCACAGAGCCCAAUGAAGAAGUUCAGCCGCCUUUGUCACGGUCCAGCAGCUACGGAUUCAGCUACAGCUCCAGCCUCAUUCAAUGACACCCAGAGAGCCAACGCUGACCAGAGACAAUCUGUCCUGGACCCGCCUGGAGGGGCGUUGCGCCCUCUGCCUCCUGGAAGACGUACUACAGUACAAACUGACAUGGGUCGGAUCUAGCUCCAAUCCCAGGGGAAGGUUCAAAACUGGAGUUCUGCUUCCUUGGUUCAGUGGCUAAGUCCUUUAUUUAUUGAAUUUCUUUAGGGGGAAAAAAAAUCUAUGUUUUACAACAAUAGAAUCGACAGUCAUUUAAAUAAACAAAAUUGAGUAUGAUAGCAGAAGC